CGAUAUCGUUGUGUAUUUUCCAAUGCUGCUACCAAAGAUUUAAUGAAAUGAUUUGUAUCUUGGCGAGGCAACUCGGAAAUUUGAGACUGUCGUUGCAGCCAUGGCAAUCAUAUCUUUUGAGCCUCACAAUAAUUUUUAGUUUUUGUUAUAGAAAUUAUAUAGCAAUUUAUAAUUUGUGGUAUUUGUUUAAAUUGAAUGAAAAAUUAUGGUUUUUUUGGUGACCACAUCCGAGACUCAAGAACACUGAAUUUGUGGGGAUGAAGUGGAACCAUUGAAUUUAAUCCGAACUCAAGAACACCUUGAUGCCAUUCUGUGGAAGAGGAAAACUGGACCUUCAUGCAAUUCUGUGGAAGAGAAAAACUUUAUCAGCAUUUUGUACAGCUAUAUUACUAAAGUUGAUGGGCCUUGACCCCAUUCUGUUCGGCCUCUUGUGAUUGUAUUAAAGUGUAGGGCCAUAUUUUAUGGAUUUGUGCCAUGUUUACCAAAACUGUUUCUGCCAUUGGAUUGAAAAAAAUGGAGGGAAAAUUGGAAUGAAAUUGUUGCAUUGAUUUCUCAUGGGCUUUUAUAUAUAUAGUAGAUUACUCCGUAUAUAUUGCCAGUGGAAACAGUGGAUCGAGAGGAGGACCCAGUGGGCAGAGGGGGAAACGGCCAAGGCAUAUUUCUCCGGCAGUUUUUCAGUUCCUAUUAGGGCUUUGGCAGCUCCGGCCUUCUCUUUCUCCGAUUGGUUACCGCCGUUGGAAUCUUACUGCACGAUGACGACGAGCCGAUCGGCAGUGCAUCCGGUGGAGCCUCCGCCGGUGAGCAACUUUCCGACGAGGGUAAGGAUGAAUAAUUUUCAGGGCAUGCCCGGAACUGCCGGCAGCCUCUUUCUCCGUCUCUCCCAGCUAGCUUUCGCUGUCAUUUCUCUCUGUGUUAUGGCCACCACCUCCGAUUUCCUGUCCGCCACAGCCUUCUGCUUCCUUGUGGCUGCUGUUAGUUUACAAAGCUUGUGGAGCCUGUCGCUUCUUAUUGCUGAUGUAUAUGCUCUUUUGGUGAAACGAAGUUUUAGAAACAAUCGAUUUCUUAGACUAUUCACCAUUGGUGAUGGGGUGACAUCCACUUUAACAUUUGCUGCUGCUUGUGCAUCAGCUGGCAUCACAGUCCUAAUCGGUAAUGAUAUUGAUAAAUGUGCUGUCAAUCACUGCAAGAGGUUUAUGUCGGCGACAGCCAUGACAUUUUUUUGCUGGUUUUCAUCCUUCCCGUCAUACUUCUUCAAUUUGUGGUCUUUUUUUCACCAACGGUGUCGAUGAUCAUCCACUCUUUCUAGUUACGUGUCAAUGUUCAUAUAUUGUCUUGCAUUGUGUUGAUGAAGUUUUGGAUGCUUCUUACCCCCCACCCCAUGAAAAUUACACAUGGUUCCCUUUUGAGAGAAAGGGAUGGCUGUUGAAAGAAAUCACAAAGGGAUUGUUUGUUUACACUUUAUACCCAAGGUUUAAUCUUAUGUGGAAGAACAUGUUCUCUUCCGUUGGUCUGAUUAGAUUUGAUAGAUUUUAUUAAGAUUCGAGUGUAAGUAGUUGU